CUUUUUAAGCAUCAAAAAUCAAAAUACACUAAAAUAAAAUCUUUUUAAGCAUCAAAAAUAAAUUAUUUUUUUUCAAGCAUCAAUAAUAUGUGAAUCCAGAGUUGCUGAGUUUGGAAGAGAAGCGAAACGUUGCUGUCCCCUCGGCUGCCAGCACCUUUCUCACUUGGGAUUGAGAGGAAGCGACGGAAGAGGGAAGAGAGGGAAGAAACGACUACAAAUUGACGAUGGCGGUGGGGAAGGAAGAGGUAGAGAUUUUUAAAGCUCGCUCGGACAAGAGGGAUUACAGAAGGAUUGUUCUACGGAAUUCGCUUGAAGUGCUUCUCAUCAGCGAUUCCGAUGCCGAUAAGUGUGCUGCUUCCAUGGACGUUGGUGUCGGCUCCUUCAAUGAUCCAGACGGUCUUGAAGGCCUUGCCCAUUUCCUGGAGCACAUGCUUUUUUAUGCCAGUGAAAAAUACCCGGUAGAAGAUAGCUACUCCAAGUAUAUUACCGAGCAUGGAGGAAGCACCAAUGCUUUUACAUCCUCUGAGCGCACCAACUAUCACUUCGAUGUUAACACUGAUGCUUUUGAAGAGGCUUUAGACAGAUUUGCUCAGUUCUUCAUUAAACCAUUGAUGUCUGCUGAUGCUACGACAAGGGAAAUUAAAGCUGUUGACUCUGAAAACCAGAAGAACUUGUUAUCUGAUGCUUGGAGAAUGAACCAGCUUCAGAAGCAUCUCAGUUCUGAGGACCAUCCAUUUCAUAAAUUCAGUACAGGGAACUGGGACACUUUGGAAGUUCAACCAAAAAACAGAGGAUUGGACACAAGAAGUGAGCUUAUCAAGUUCUAUGAAGAAAACUAUUCAGCCAAUUUGAUGCGUCUAGUUGUAUAUACAAAUGAAAGCCUUGAUAAAAUUCAAAAUCUGGUGGAAGAGAAAUUCUCAGAUAUUCGAAAUAUUGACCGAAGUUAUUUCCGUCCUCCUGGUCAGCCAUGCAAAUCAGACCAUCUGCAGAUUCUUGUCAAAACUGUCCCAAUCAAACAAGGUCAUAAAUUGAGAAUUGUAUGGCCAGUAACCCCUGAGAUUCUUUACUACGCGGAAGGGCCAUGCAGGUAUCUUGGUCAUCUUAUCGGCCAUGAGGGAGAAGGAUCAUUAUAUUACAUCUUGAAAACUUUGGGAUGGGCAACAGGCUUGUCUGCAGGCGAGUCAGAUUGGAAUUUGGACUUUUCUUUCUUUAAAGUUGUAAUUGAUCUUACUGAUGCUGGUCAUGGUUAGAUUUUCUCACUCUUAUCUUUACCUCUCUUGCUGUACACAUCUUAUCUCUUUUGGUAUUGUCAUGUUCACUUGUAAGUAUUCAGAAUGUGAAGCUGUCAUUUUUUUUUUCAGAUUACUGAAC